AACACUACCGGUACGCACGGCAGUUUACAAGGUAUUUCUUUCAGAACCAGCACAGAACAGCUUCUCUAAGCUCGAAGAAAUCAGAUUCGCAAGCUUCGUGGCAAAAAAGCGCAAACCUAUCUAGCUUUGCAUCAACAACCAUGGCAGCUUUGAUUCGGCCAAAGAGCGCCACCUAUGAAGUUCAUGAAAAUGUGACAGUGGAUACUCUUGGUAAGUUGCGAACAAUUUGAAUUCGCCCGAGAUGAGCAAGCAUUAUGCGCGGRCUAUCAUUCAUUCAUGGUCGUUCGUUUGAUUGGCCAAUUGAAAAACUUUCCCCUCCAUAUGUUUUGUUUGUUCGUGGCAUUGAUUCUGACAAGCAUUCAAUUUUUGUGCAUGUUUUUUUGGGAACCAUUUUGUUCAGACAAUGAAGACCAUACAUUCUGGUACGUUGAAAAUGAACGACAUCUAGAUUCAAUAUUUCUGGCGUCYGGAUCUAGUUUUCCGGCCGGCUUCAGACAUUCCGUCGACAUGCACAGAAAAGAAGACGCAGAUUGGACAUUCUUCCUGCAAUCAACAGGUUAUGGCUUCAUUUAUUCUGACAUGUUCUUUUUCGAUUUUUGACGACGUUAUCUCUCUUCUUUUCUGUUCAUGCAAUUUCAACAUGGACAUAGCGGUAUCAUGUUCCCAAUAAAAUGCAAAGAUCUCUUGCCUAUAGAUCACUUGGUCAUUACUUCUGUAGCUGUUCGUGGACACCUUGGUCCCCUUACCGUUUGGGUGAGCAAUGCUGACGCAAAUGUUGGGAAAGGACAUCGUAGCAGCAGGCGCCCCGGAAAUGUUUUACGUCGCCGAGGCGGACGUGAAGAUUUUGUAGCUAACGACGACUACCGCAUUCCAUUGCAUCCGAGUUCAUGGACAAAGUUGUAUGAUAGAACGCACAAACCCUGUCCACGCGGUCAUUACACCGAGCUUGUUUUUGACGAACCCGUGCGUCUAAAACCGGGUGAAAUGCGUGCAUUUUAUAUCCAUUCAACCCUUCCUGGAGAUCAAGCGAUCGUUUACGAUAACUCAUACUAUGGAGAUUCUGGUCGGCGGUACAACGAUGAUAAACUUUCUAUUUUGACAGGGCGAGCCCAUGUUUCCACUACUUGUUUCGGGCAAGAUCCUAUAUGGGGUUGGGGUAAUGCCUGGCGCGAUAGACGAGAAUUUGUCGGACGGUUGGCUUACGGGACGGUCUACAAACUCUGGAACCCCGAGGUGUCGCCCAAGUUUGGAACUCGCUUUCAAGAUGGAACGAGAGCGCUUCUUUUGUGUCAAAGACGGUGGGAAUCUCCAGUAAGCGCCCUUCCCGACGAAGCCAUCUAUUAUAUUUUGAAUAUGUGCCCAUGGGAUUGGUUCGAAGACAGCACAAAUACGAUGAAAGAUAGAAGGAAGCUAGAAAGGGCAAGAAAAAGGCUCAUCCUUGCACAACRGCAGUAUGACCAAGAGCAAAAAAAGGCUGUGGCCUCUACGACUGCGUUUGCUUCGAAAAGUGAUGACGGGGAUGCGAAACCCUGCACAAUGGGUGGUGUUUGUACUCGAACUAUUCAUAAUCAGGCUGCAGGCACGACAGGUGUAGCACAUGGUGGAAAGAGCACUGGCUUAGAAGAUAGCGAAGAAGAUGCAGAUGAAUCCUAUGACAUGAAGGACAGCGACGAGGAAGAUAAUGACGUCGACGACCAUAGCAUGGAUGAUGAUCGAGAGAUGAAUACCGAUGAGGAUGUGGAUGAUGAUGAAGAAGAUGAAUCCUUUAGCAACGAUUCAUCCGAUGAUGACGAUCAUUAUCACAAUGCAAAUCGACGUGUUUUCGGCUUCCACUAUGUCGAUUCCGAUGACGAAGAGAAUGAUGGCCAAGAACACCGAGAUCCUCAUUCACCAAGAACGCAUUGGCUACGACGCCAGAUUGCAAGGGUUCAUGUGCUUCGAGCUCUUGCUUCUAUGGAAGAUCAAGCAUUCGAGCAUUCUCUGUAGGUUUUGAAUUAUUUGAGUCCGAUGUUCAUUGUUGCAAAAGUUAGCGUUCAUGAUGAGCUGAAAAUGAUUUGAUUGUAACCAAAUUCUUAAAGUACUGAAGCUUCUUUAGUAGUAGUAAAACAUAAAAUAUUAUAUGUUUUUCUAGUCAGGCUCAGUCGAUCCUUAUGGUUUACAUUUCGUUGUAGCAAAUUUAUUUUAUGUCAUUCUUGAAAAUAUAAAUAAUGAAUCAUCGUAAAUGCAUCGGGCUUUGCAAGGCAUGGUUGUUAUCGUUAUCAACUCAUACUUCGGGAGUAACUCUAUCGAGAUUUAAUGUUUCUAUAGGUUGCCGUCACUGAAAUUGUCUUCAUUUGAACUGUCGUCACUGAGAUCAUGAUUCUUGAUCCAUAGACCAUCUUCUAACAUCCAUUUAAAUGGUUUUGAUGGUGCGGUUUUGCCCCAUUCACUUCGAGGAAGAGGAUUAUGGAUUUUCUGUCUCAUUUGACUUGCCCAGGCUUCAACCAAAGAAAAGCUUUGACCUCCAAAUGAGUGACGCAUUUGAUUCAAACGAUUAUAGAAUUCCACUAAUCUGCCAUCAUCAUGCUCUUCCAUGUGAGAUUCUUUCCAAUCUUCACUCUGCAAAGCCUGGAGAUCUGCCAUGCUGUUGCGGACGGCGUUCCGCACAUGAACAUAAGCGACACGAGCAAGAUACAUUCGAAAAACGGAAUUCAGCCUCACGGCAGCUCUGGAUUGUUGUCGGCUUCGUAGUCUCUCCAACGAUUCAAAAGCCUUGUGUCUCAGAAAAACCUUAGUCUUUCCCAUCUGGACUCCAAGCUGUGCCGAUUCGGAAGUAGUUCCACCAAUGUUCUUCGAAAAGGAACUACGCCUUUCAAUCUUUGCUGGAGGCCGGGAGUCUGAUGACGCCUUUUUGUCCCAGAUCGACGUGUCUCUACUAGUAUUGCUUCCCCUCCUUCCCCACGAUGGAGGAGCGGACGUAACUUGAUGUUUGUAAACUUUCGCUUGUGCUGAGGAACUGCUGGCUGCCGAUAUCGAUGUCGUAUUGGCACUGUUCUUCUCAUUCUCGUCGUUAUCAUCACUCUUCAUGCCUUCUUGCAACAAUGAACACAAGUGCUUUACCAAUGUCGUACAGGAGGACAAGGAUCCGGCGGAAGCAGUAGACUUGUUGGCACAAGAGUUGUCAUUACUUGGUGCAGGGUUAUGUGUCGCUCCUGAGAAAAACUUCUUUCUUGGCUGGACGCUUCCUACGAUUCUUUGUUGCGGUUUCGAAGUUUUCAAUGCGUCCCAGCCCAAGCACCUGUAACGGCGAAGGAAAUCUUCGUGGGAAUAAUGAUUUGAGUAACCGGCUCUGGCGACACGGACGGCCUCCAGAAUACCUCCGCAACUCAAUUGAUCGGCUAUCGCAGCUUUAUCAAAGUUGUCGGGUACAAGCUGAUCAUUUGGUUUGAGACAUCUGACAUAGUGCGGUGACAUUACAUCGAUUUUUUCUCGCAACCUUUUCAAUUGUCGUCGGAAUUGUCCUCCAACAGUCGACCCCUUACCACGACUCUUCAUACCUAGUCCAUCAGAAAAACUUGUGUUAAGACUACGUUCCUCCGAUGAAUUCUCCAUCAGACUCGCUAGCAAGCGAAUAAAAGGGUUGAAACUCA